AUGAGCAGCAGCAGGGCGCUCCGCAGCAGCCCGGACGAUCCGUCCUGGGUGCUGGACCUCGGCAACCUGACCGCCGCCCUGCUCCCCGAGGGCUUGGUCCUGCAGCCCGUGUGGGACCACCUCCAGCAGCACCAUCAGCCCCUCCUGCGCAGCCCGCUGUUUCCCGUGGUGCUGUCCGUGUCCACCUACUUCGUCCUGGUGGGUCUGUACACCGGCCUGGACCUGUUGGCGCCCACCUGGCCCUGCGUCAACCGCUACAAGCUGCACCCGCAGCGCCCCGUCACCUCGGCCCACGUCUGCUCCACGCUGGGCGUGACGCUCUACAACCACCUCGUGUACAUCUUCCCGGCCGCAGUGGCCCAGUGGCUGUGGCGGCCGGCCACUGGGCUGCCGCGCCAGGCGCCCACCCUCUGGGAGUUCCUGCUGGGGAUCCUGGGCUGCACCGUGGUCUUUGACUUCCAGUACUACCUGUGGCACCUGCUGCACCACAGGGUGCCCUGGCUGUACCGGACGUUCCACGCCGUACACCACCAGUACAGCCAGCCGUUCAGCCUGGUCACCCAGCACCUGUCUGGCUGGGAGCUGUUCAGCGUGGGCUUCUGGGCCACGGUGGACCCCGUCCUGCUGCGCUGCCACUGCCUCACCGCCUGGGGCUUCAUGGUGUUCAACAUCUACGUGUCCACCGAGGACCACUGCGGCUACGACUUCCCCUGGGCCAUGCACCGCCUGGUGCCCUUCGGCCUGUGGGGCGGCGCCCCCAAGCACGACGCCCACCACCAGAAGCCCGCCACUAACUUUGCUCCUUUCUUCUCCCACUGGGACUGGCUGGGGGGAACCAAUACCUCCACCACCAGCAGCACCCUCUCAGGAACCACCCCCACCCUCACACAUUCUUGUUUUUACCUGCUCAUCACCACCAGCAGUUUCUACGAUACCACGGUCACCUAA